AUGACGAAUCGACCGACCGAAGACGCUUCUUCCAUGACUUCAUCAAAUUUCACGGGAGAAACCCAGGUUUCCUCGGACCUGAUGGCUUUGCAGAUCAAAUCGUUGGAACAACGCACCCACUCGGUUACUGUGCCACGCACUUCUUCGGUCUUGCAAUUAAAGAACGAAAUUCAGACCGUCUUUGAUGUCGACACCGGUCGUCAACGACUCAUCUUCCAAGGUCGAGUGCUUAAAGAUGACAAACAAUUAACGGAUUAUGCCAACCUUGACAGUGGCAAAGUGAUCCAUCUCGUCGUUCGCCCGGCCGAUGCACCUUCGAAUCCACAAAACGACGAACCACGGACACAAAACACUCCUCGACGAACGUUUGGCCGAACAUUUUCUCGAGCCUUUCCCAGCUUUUCCAGUCGACUGCCUACCAUGGAAGGCUACGCUUUUAUUACCCUCGAUACGACAUUAGCCGAUGUGGACAAUAACUUUCUGUUAUCGCAACUUCUCCACGGAAAUAACAACAGUAACCUUGGUACUACCACGGGAUCACCUGGAGGCUUGGACGGGUUACCGAGAAUGCGAUUCAUGCGUAACACGGACAGCGCUAGUCGACCAGCCUCUACUGGUGCGGCUUCAGCGACACCAACGACGGCAGCUACACCUGGCGAUGCCGCUAAUACUGCAGACAGUUCGCCUUCAGCGGCACGACCUCAAGGAGCGUCAGCGGCACCGACUAAUUUUGCCGCCGAACUCUUGUCGGCUAUACCAUCGUUUGAAUUUAGCUUUGGGAGUCGAAGUUCAGCGGAUUUCUUUAGACCAUCCACCCAGUCGCCUUCGGCUCCUGCGACAACCACGGGCGCCAAUCGCCCAGCCAUGAGUCUUCCAUUUCCUACAUCCGUCGAAGUUCGCUUAUCUCGUACACUAAGUUCCAUUCAAAAUGUACGAUCAAUUCUUGAGGCACCUUUAGAUCAAGAUAUUUCUGGCAUCAGUACAGCCUCAACUUCAUCGCAAGAGCAAAUGCAGGACAUUCGUAACCGACUUCGUGCCAGUGGAAAUACACAAACUGCUCAGGUUGGCAUGGUAUUGGAAGAAUUAGCCAAUCUAAUGACUUCGGCUGCCCCCCGUUUGCGCGAGGUGGCCGCAGCAUUACAAGAGGAAAAUCGAGAUUCAGAAAGAGAGCUGUAUCGCCGCGUCUUGCGUACGGCUCGGGUGGUGCAAGGCAUGAGUCUUGUCCACCACUUUCUGGGCUCCGUGUUGGGGAGUGCCGAUAUUAACACACGACGCGUGCGACGAUUUCAUUCGAAUACAGAUAGUUCCAGCCCCGCGACAGCGGCGUCGGAAACCACCACUCCAUCACAGUCAGAAAGACAAGCACGGUCACGCCCUAGUGCUGCAACAGCGAUACGAACCCCAUCCUCCUCCUCCAUCCCACCUGUCCAAUCCUCUUCCUCCAGUAAUGCAUCUCCUGAAAGUGAAUCAAGCAAGAAACGAUCGAAUGCGCAAAUGGAGGCAGAAGAUGGACAGGCCUCGACUGCGUCCACGACUGCAUCCGAAGACGAUAAAACCAAAGGCAAAAGAAGAAAAAGUGAAUAG